AUGGAGUUAGAUCUUGAUGAUGAUGUCUUCUUUGCAGACAUAAGCAAACAGAUCUCUCUUCUCAUCAUGGAUGAAGAUGAACAGUUCAACCCUGUUUCUCUCCCUUCUUCCUCCCCCUCUCUCUCAUUCCAGGGUAUGUUCAGAGGAGGCUGCUACCAAACGGCUCCAUAUAUGUAUCAUCAGGAGCAGCAGUGCAAAGGAACUGGUGUGUUCAUCCCUAAAUGUUCUCAGUCCAGAAGAAGACCUCGUCAUCUGAAACAAGGUAAGUUUAGUUCCUUCAACGCCAAGCAACAACGCUCUUUUCAUCAAAACAAACAACAGUAUCAGCAGAAUCAUGACAACUUAAGAAGUAACCUCACCAGUCACACCAAUAACAACAACAACGAGAGCAGCAUGAUCACUGGUAAUGUUCAUGCUUCUAUCCCAAGACGAACCUACAGAGAUGCAGCGUCUAUCUACACUUGAUUAAUAUUUAACAAAUAUUCGACAAGAUUCAUGGUUUAUGUGUGAUUGAUUCAUAUAUGAUAUAACUAUAUAUAAUUUUCUUUAUAGAUGCAUAAGAUUUGCUUGUAAAUCAGCCAAAGAAUAAGGAUUCUUCUAUAAGGAAGGUCUUGGAGAUUUGUUCCAAGUUUGUUCUUGAUUUAAUGUAACUCUUUCUU